AAGAAGCAUCUCCCCACUAAGAGAGAGAAAGAAGCACACCCUCUCUAUGACCAUGGCGAAGAUCAUUCUCCUACUCCUCGUCCUGGCACCCCUCCGCAUGGCCGCCGCAAGCACGGACUGCCCCGGCGUGCCGUCGCUGGACGGGCCUUUCGCGUGCGGCGAGUCGUGCGGCACCAAGCUCUUGCAAGACCUCUGCAUCCACGUGAUGGUCUGGGGCGGCGUGGACGUGUCCGGGGCGCACAAGGAGGGCGCCACCGGGUACGCGGUCCUCGCGGCGCGGUUCGCCGUGGAAUCCAUGGACGCCACGCGGCUCGCCGCCGGGAAGCAGCUCCGCCAGAACGCCUCGCUCUCCGGCCAGGAGAGGGACGCCUACGAGGGGUGCCUGAACGACUACGCCGCGGCGAGAAGCUCCAUCGACCGCGUCGCCAACGAGAUGCUGCCCCACUGCCGCUUCGCAGGGGUCGCCGACGAGUUCGCGCGUGGGGUGAAGAGCUUGGAGAGCUGCUGGAUCCGGCUCAUGCGGCCGCCUGUGAAGUCGACGAUGCUGUACAACUUGGUCUGGUCCGACCGGUACAAACUGCUGCUCAUUCACUUGCUUGAUGGUAAACUACUUGGCAUAUGAGCGAGCGACGGGUCUGGAGGCCGUGCGCACACAGAGAAGGAGCAAUCAAGAAAUAUGCGGGGUUUGGCCACACCGCUAUAUAGCUAGUUUCACAAGUACUGAUCUAAGAGCAUUUCUAAUCGAUCCAUAAUAAAUUGGAGGAGUAAACCGCCGAGUAUCCUGUAGAGGUGUAUAUUUUCUCCGUUUAAAAAUGUGGGGUUUUAAUCGAACUCGUAAACUUAAUUAA